AUGACAGAAGGGACGGCCGUGCAGCAUGCUGUGCUGUCAGCGUACUUUCCCGUUGUUGUCCCGCUGCGUACGUAUCUUGAGCGGAUCCUAUCCACCCCCCUGUUAGAUACCCCGGAGGAGAGCGAAGCAGAAAGGACGAUCCUCGACGGCCUCAUUGCUGUGCCUGAUCCAUCAUGCUUGACAUCUUGUAUGCUGAGCACGGUGCCGAUGCCUACUGAGACGCCUCAGGAUAUGCAGGCAAUGCUGAAGCAUGUCCAAGACGUGCUGACGUCGCAACGUCGCCCUGACUUGCUUCGUGCUGCGUACCAACGUGCAUCCACAGUGACGCUCUUUGAGCAUAGCGCCUUCCAGCAUGCAUGGGACCGCCUUUUAUCGCGGAUGGGUACACAGGCCAUGUGCCAUAUGCUACUGAGCACUACAUACUUUGCACGUGUCGAUCCACAAUCAGAUGCGUAUGCCCAGUUGUGGGGCGCGCCGUUCUCCGAAUGGGACGUCACUCGUACGUCGUCCAUGCCGGAGAAGGAAGGUAACAGACCAGAGCACGCCGUCUCCUCACACACUACGCUAUCCGCUACCCGCAUCGUGCUGCGCCGCUCGCGUAUAUUUCAUGCGCGCAAAUGUGUGCGAUAUCGUCACGGUAUCGUCUUGGGAUUACCUCCUACACAUAUUCUCUAUGCUCAUCAAGGGCCACGGAUGUCGAAGGCGACGCAUCAACAGCGGCGACAGCGUGUAGCCCAGGUCGUCCAGGCUAUCUUUCCCCAGGCGUUUGGCCGUCCUUUUGCAUGGCACACACGCACCUCAUCCUCCACGUAUGCGAGGCUGACGUCUACACCGCGCUGGCCUCGGCAUAUGGCACGUAUCACACAGCUGGUCGACUCUAUGCUGCGUAGGCAUGAUCGGUUCCGGUACGACUUGGCCCUGGACGCGUGCUGCCCCAGCGUGCUUCGACGUAGGUCCCGUCGCCAUGGCAGUGGUGGGCGCACGAACGACUCAGUACACUCAGUCUGCGCCCCACGCAAGGCUUACUUUUUCGAGUAUACAACGCCACAGGGACGUGUUGCAUGGUUCCUGUACACGGUGCUUCAGCACGUCCUACCGCCCGCGUUCAUCGGCAGCCGCCACAACCGCGGCGUGCUACGUCGUGCGAUUUACCGCUUUGUGCAUCUGCGCAAGUACGAGCGAUGCCAUGUGCAUGAACUAGUUCAGUCCUUUCGUACGCGCGAUUGUGCAUGGCUUGCACACCGCGACCCAGCAUGGACACGCGCGCGGCUGUACGAGUGGAUGUGGUGGCUGUUUGACCAGUGGAUGAUACCUCUUCUUCAGACAUCGUUCUAUGUCACAGAAGCUACUGCCUUUCGGCAACGAGUGCUCUAUUUUCGACAGGAUGUGUGGGCAUCUACCAGCGAGCCACUGAUCGAUGGCUUGCGUACACGUCUCUUUGAAAAGACCAGCAUCCCUGUCACCGCCUCAAUGACGUAUGCGCAUGUCCGUUUCCUGCCGAAGGAGACGUCCAUUCGUCCGAUCUUAUCGACGCCACGGACAACGAGCAGUGCACGUUCACGCCAUGCGGCCUGGCAGCGCACACUGGCCGUGCUGUCGUACGAAGUAGCACAGCAGCCGCACAUGAUCGGUGCCGCAGUCGGAAGUAUGGAUGCGGUGUAUGCACGCCUUGUCGCGUACAAACAGCGGUGGGCUACUCGUACGCAUACGCCGCUCUUCAUGGUACGUGCUGAUUUGCGUGGCGCCUUUGAUUCCCUCGAUCAUACGCGGCUUAUCGCCGUUCUGAGGAGCUUGAUACCCCAAGACGCAACGUAUAUCGUGCAGCAAUGCACCCAGUUGUGUGCGCAGCAUGGACGGCCAAGGCGCAUGGUAGUCCGACGUGCCUGGCGAAACACAGAUACGCAUGCGCCUAGUGUAGCGGACUUUGCGCCGUCUCUCCGCCAACAUGCUGUAGUAGUGGAUGGUCUGCAGUACCGCGAAGAACGUGCCUCUGAUAUUGUACGACGAAUCGAGCGUCACUUGACGGACAACCUCGUGCGAUUCGGACCAGCUUUGUUCCGUCAGCGUGUGGGUAUCCCACAAGGCUCGAGCUUAUCGACAUUGCUGUGCAAUAUCCUAUUAGCGGAGGCAGAACGGAUGUAUUUGCAUAUCGACAAGGACGAAGACUGUCUCUUGCGAUUCACCGACGAUUUCUUGUACAUCACACCGGAUCUCGAACGUGCUCGCGCUCUCUAUCUGGCCCUGUACCGUGGUUUUCCAGCGCAGGGAUGCGUCAUUGCGCCAGAAAAAAGCCUCGUGAACUUUGAUAUGCGCCUUCCUACCGGCCACUGGGUCGCCCGUAUCGAUGCAGAGAGGCCAUUUCCCUGGUGCGGUAUGUGCAUUCACCCCACGACCCUCGCCUGCGAGCCUGAUACUUCACGGUACCCAGUGCACAUUGGCGAUACACUCACGGUUCGCACAGCUGGCUGGGAAGCCAUGCUUUUCCGUGCCAUGCGAAUGCGCGCUGGUCUGCUCUUCACAGAUACGCGUCUAACACCGCCGUCCCAGGCAUAUGCCAACCUCACGGAAGGAUUUAUUCUGGCCGCGGCCAAAUGGCACGUGUUCAUACGCGCACAGCCACGGGCGCCGCGUGUUCCAACGCUCUUCCAUGUGAUCGCACGCGCGAUUCGCAUGGUAUGGCCCUGGAUUCAGGCACGUGUGCGGCAUGUACGCACGUCAUGGCAGCCCCAAGCGGAGUGUCGACUGCGUCGAGAUGCCGUCGAAUGGCUAGGUUGGUUCGCUUUUGUCCAUGUUCUCCAGCCCUUUCCACGACAUCGCGAUCUCAUCACGUAUCUGCAGGCGCAAGUGACGUCACCCUUGUAUGCCCAUGCGCGAAGACAGGUAGGUGCAUUGGCAUUGCAUGCAUGGCCAGCUCAUCAUGAGCGUCUACGUGGCCUCAUGUCGUAA